UACUAUGACGAGUGAAAGCCAGGGUGAGCAGACAGACGGGGUCACGUUUCCCCUGAACGAUGGAAACUGGUGAAUAAGGGACGAGAAUUGACUUUGUGCGAAGAUUCGAUACUGUAAUGAUGACUCAGUUAGUAAUGCUCCACUUCCCCAUCCUGUCAGCAAGUGUACUCAAAGAUACGCAAAGUGCUAGUAGUUCGACACGCUAUGGAUCACUGCUUGGUCCGGGUGUUUCAAUAAGACAACGGCAGGGCACAGACCUUUUGAGUGAAUUCCAACCUCACCACAUGCUGCAAAGUCUAGUACGGCUGCCUGCUAUGUACAGUGAUAGUUCACAAGGCAGCAACUCCCGGGAUCAACUCUGAUCCACUCUUAAGCUACUGCUGCUGGACAUUACAAAGCGACCAUCUUACAAAUUUAUGCUAGAAACACCCUUAGUGCAAGUUGAUUCUCACGAGCGGGUAUGGAACGGCGACGCGUCGACGUGCCGACGC